AUGAGGCCGGUUUUCGUCGGAAACUUCGAGUACGAAACUCGGCAAUCGGAGCUGGAACGCUUGUUCUCCAAACACGGGAGGGUCGAUCGUGUGGACAUGAAGUCUGGUUUUGCCUUUGUCUAUUUUGAGGAUGAGCGGGAUGCUGAAGAUGCUAUCCAGAACCUCGACAAUAAGCCAUUUGGUUAUGACAGGCGCCGGCUAUCUGUGGAGUGGGCUAAGGGUGAACGUGGUCGCCAUCAUGAUGGCUCUAAAUCAGUAGCAAACCAGAGGCCAACUAAAACUUUGUUUGUCAUUAACUUUGAUCCCCUCCGAACCAAGGUUCGUGAUAUCGAAAGACACUUUGAACCUUAUGGGAAGGUACUUCAUGUCAGAAUUCGUCGGAACUUUGCAUUUGUGCAAUUUGACACACAGGAAGAAGCUACCAAAGCUCUUGAGGCUACUCACGCAAGCAAGAUACUGGACAGGGUUGUGUCUGUUGAGUAUGCUUUGAGGGAUGACGGUGAGAGAGGUGAUCGAUAUCAUGAUAGUCCCAAAAGAGGCAGUUAUGGUAGGCGUGGAGAUAGUCCUUAUGGGAGGUCACCAAGUCCUGUGUAUCGCAGGCGUCCAAGUCCUGAUUAUGGUCGGCCCCGUAGUCCAGCAUAUGACAGGUACAACGGUCCAGUGUAUGACAGGCACAGGAGUCCUGAUUACGGAAGGAAUGAGAGUCCCGAAUAUGGCAGAUACCGCAGUCGCUCGCCUGUUCGAAGAUCAAGAACCUGA